AUAAUUGUCAAAAUUUGAAGUUACUGCGCUGUAAGCUAGAAAAAUACAGUAUUUGGAAUUUAAGACAUGACGUAUAUAAUUUAUUUAAAAGCUUAAUAUAGAGGAAAGUUUGUAGAGGAAGUUUGUAGGCAAGAUGGCCAGUUUUAGAGGAGGACAAAAGUCCUCUGAACCUUAUCAAGAAUUAGACGAAGUUCGCGGUGCAGAACUCAAUCAUGAGAUUAACACUACCGUACGAAAUAAUAUGCCGAGUGAUCUUGUCCUAGACAGAUCUUUAGAACUUACUUCUGUUGCCGUUAUUCCAGAUGAUACUUUUACAGUGAGUCAAGCAAUUAAUAUACUGGGUUUUGGACGGUUUCAAGUUAAGCUUUCAUUAUUUACGGGACUCUGUUGGAUGGCAGAUAGUAUGGAAAUGACAAUACUCAGUAUUCUUAGUCCCACUUUGCACUGCGAUUGGGGCAUUUCUAGGUAUCAACAAGCACUUACGACAACCGUUGUUUUUCUGGGUAUGAUGCUUAGUUCGACAUUUUGGAGUAAUUUAAGUGAACGUUAUGGAAGAAAACAAGCGCUAACCUUAUGUGGAGUACUUUUGUUUUAUUAUGGUUUUUUAAGCUCUUUUGCUCCAAAUUUUUUAUGGAUACUAUUGCUUCGUGGUCUCGUAGGAUUUGCCAUUGGUUGCGUACCUCAAUCCGUAACUUUGUACGCUGAGUUUUUACCUGCAGAACAGCGAGCUAAAUGUGUAAUUCUUUUAGAUUGCUUUUGGGCUCUCGGCGCUUGCUUUGAAGUCGCUUUGGCAUUAGUGGUAAUGCCAAAUCUUGGAUGGCGAUGGUUACUGGCCUUGUCCACUAUACCUUUGUUCUUAUUCUCCAUAAUUACGCCGUGGCUACCAGAAUCGGCUUCGUUUAAUAUGAUGAAUGGACACACGGACAAAGCUCUAGCAACAUUAGAAAGAAUAGCUAGAGAGAAUGGGAAACCCAUGCCUUUAGGACGCUUGGUUAUGGAUCGUAUAUACCCAACUUGCAGAGGUAGACUCAUAGAUUUGCUAAAUAAGGACAUGUACAAGACAUCUGUAUUACUCUGGCUCGUAUGGAUGGCGAGUGCUUUCUGCUACUACGGCGUAGUGCUCAUGACCACCGAGCUGUUCGAUACGUCGGCGGACCAGUGUGGCGAGCAGGCCGAGGAACGUAUCCAGGAGCGCCAAUGCCUAAUCAAUUGUCAGCUAAGUCGAGGGGAUUACAUGGACCUGCUCUGGACGACGCUGGCCGAGUUCCCGGGUAUCUUCUCAACGAUCUACGUAAUCGAGAAGGUCGGCCGUAAGCGUACCAUGGCCUUCCAGCUGGUAAUGUUCGCUUGCAUCGUCUGCUUCCUGGGCCGGGCCUGUCGGCUCAGUCGACACGUACUCACCCUGGGUCUCUUCCUCGCUCGGGGUCUCAUCGCCGGCGUCUUCCAAGCCGCCUACGUCUACACUCCCGAGCUCUAUCCGACAUAUCUCAGAAGUACGGGUGUCAGUGCCUGCAGUGCCAUGGCCAGGCUUGGCGCCAUGGUCACACCCUACAUCGCCCAGAUCCUUCUAAGAUGGUCAGUGCCCACGGCCAUGGGCACGUACGCUCUCACGGCGCUCUGCGCGGCUUUUGCGAUUAUCGCGCUGCCCGCGGAAAUAAGAAAGCCCUGAGGCCAAGAUUUCUUUCCACUGGGAAACAGCAAAGUCGAGGAAGUGUCUGAAAGUACGUCCGUGGAAGGUAGAGGUGCUGCCGAGUACUCGUGGUGCUGCCGAGCGAAGCGAGCAGACGUUCGUGACUGCGAAUUUGUUCGCGGAUAGAUGAAAAUUCGAAGUCCACGUUGAGUAAUAUCGGGUAAAGAGAGGACGAAUUUGCCUUUGCGUCGAAGCCCGUAACGCAUUUGAUUUUAUCGAGUAUUAAUAUCACGUGACUACAUGUAUCUUAUUCCCAACAUUAUAUUCUCUAAGCGAUGUAUUUAUUUAUCGAAGAGGCUAGUAUUAUGUUAAAUUAUAUAUAAAAACAUCGCGGCUUGAGUUUUAGGUAGUAAUUUACGUUUGGAAAAUCAUUUGGGAAGAGAUCGAUCGUAUACGUAAUACCUAAGCAAUAAAUAAUCAAUAGUUUUGGGAGAAUUGACAUUGGUGCUUCACUGAACUAUUCACGUAUUCGCACCCAAUUUUUAUUUAAUAAACUAAUAUCCGUAUUUAUUGGUACGUAUAAAUUGCG